AUUUUGGUUAAACAUAUUAAAACAUAGAACUUUUUGAUAGUGUGCCAUUGGGAAUGAAACAUUUAAUAGCAUGUCAUUGUGAACGAGAUAUGUGAAACGAAGAAGUAACUAGCUUUUAUGUGCGCGCAAUUUGAAUUAAUAAUUAAUGAAAGCCGACAAAUUAGAGAAACUGCAAUGGAUAAUUGGAUUGUUCGCAAGAAACGUGCAAAUGCAGCUGCAGGCAAUGAUGAGAACAAUAACGAAGAAAGCAACGUAGUUUCCGUGGCGAAAAAGAAAAAGUAUGAGAUGAAAUUUAAGAGGGAGUGGGCAUCUAAGUACAAUUGGCUCCAAGAAGACUCUACCGCAAAGCAAGGUAAGAGGUGCAUGAUAUGCGGUGUUCCAAUUUACGGCAAUAUGUUUCACAUCGAUCGGCAUGCAAAUUCAGACCUCCAUAAAAAAAAUGCUAAUAUUGCUAAAGCAACCUUAAAAAUUUCGAGUUUUACUAAGCCGAAUAGCGAGGAAAUGGAAUUAAGUCGCUCAGCAAAGGCAAUGGAGAUUCGUUUGUGUAUGUUCGUUGCUGAGCACAAUUUGCCAUUUACUGCUUUGGGCCAUUUGGCAUAAUGUAUUAAAACGGUAAAAGAUUCACGCAUAAUUUCAAACCUGAGCAUAAAUAGACAUAAGGGUCAAAAUAUUAUAAAGUCAGUCACUGGUCCUGAAAACUGCAGACAAAUUUCUGAAAUAACAAAACAACAAUAUUACUCCGUGAUCAUUGAUGAAAGCACUGACAUUUCCAUGGACAAAAACUUAGCAGUUAUAAUUAGAGUUUUUACGAACAAAUGUAGAGAUAGAUUUUUGGACUUUGUUCAAGUGUCUGAUUCUUCUUCCGCCGGAAUUUUCAAUGCCCUUUUAAAAGUUUUGAAUGAUCAUGAUAUUCCGUUGAGCAAUCUAUUGGGAUUUACGGCAGAUAAUUGCGGUGUCAU